AUGUUCAAGAGCAUGGUCGAAUUUGGGCCUGACUCCGGAGGGAGAGUGAAGGGGGUUACCAUGGUUAAACCAAUAGUUGAUGGUAAUGUUGGUCGAUAUUUUGGAAAGAAAAGAAGAUGGGCACACCAUCAGUGGACAGUAUAUGUAAAACCGUAUAGAAAUGAGGAUAAGUCAGCAUAUGUGAAGAAAAUCCAGUUUAAGUUACAUGGAAGCCACGGCAAUCCUUUAAGAGUUGUUACUAAGCCUCCAUCUAAAAUAACGGAAACGGGAUGGGGUGAAUUCGAAAUAAUCAUCCAAAUAUUUUUCAUGGACCCUAAUGAAAGACCUGUAACCCUGUAUCUUUUAUUAAAGCUAUUUCAAUCAGACACCAAUGCAACGCUGGGGAAAAAGACAGUGGUUUCAGAGUUCUAUGAUGAAAUGAUAUUUCCAGAACCAACAGCAAUGAUGCAACAAUUAACACCAUCUUGUCAGCUAACAUUAGGAGCCUAUAAGCAUGAAACAGAAUUUGCAGAACUUGAAGUGAAAACCAGAGAAAAAUUAGAAGCUGCCAAGAAAAAAAACAAGUUUUGA